UUGGAUACCAUAGUCAUUACAGCUAUGGAUACUCCUCUGAUGGCUCCAGCAAUAGGAGCUGUGCCAGUGUUCUGAACUGGAAUGCCACUUUCUGGUCCGGCACAACUCCACUGUCUGUGACAUCCUCCGCAUUCUCCAGAGAUCACUAGUCUAGUCACCUUAUUGCAACGGAGGACUCAUCAACAUCACCGGCAUCAACCAACCCAGCCUCUGCACCCCAUCCUUCGCUGUCAGCACUAUCUACUCACCGGGAAAGCUUCAAUCAGUAGAGACACCAAAUACUUAGAGAAGCUGAUGAAGCAGUGGUGACCUCCAUUUUAAUCUCCACAAGAACCAUCAAGGAUACUGAACAACAACUCUAUUAGACAUUGACUUGGAGGAUGAAGACUGGCCUGAACUACUAACUGGCUUUUGGUAUUAUAACCCAGCAUACAUACUAAGGCAACCAGAUUGGGGGAUGGUGUCUAUGAUACCUUCAUGAUGAUAGAUGAAACCAAAUGCCCACCCUGUUCAAAUGUACUCUGCAAUCCUUCCGAACCACCUCUACCCAGAAGACUAAAUACCACUGCUGAGCAGGUAGCAAGAGACCACACUCAGCGCUUUCUGAAUGGAAGUGAGGUGAAGGUGGAACAGCUGUUUCAGGAAUUUGGCAACCGAAGAUCCGACACUCUCCAGUCGGAUGGCAUCAGCGACUCUGAGAAAUGCUCUCCUACCGUUUCUCAGGGUAAGAGUUCAGAUAGCUCUAAUGCGGUAAAACCCAGCAGUUCAGCCAAAGCAUCCAAAGUGGUGCCACUGACUCCAGAGCAAGCGCUGAAGCAGUAUAAACACCACCUCACUGCUUAUGAGAAGCUGGAGAUCGUCAACUAUCCAGAAAUUUACUUCGUGGGUCCAAAUGCCAAAAAGAGACAUGGAGUGAUCGGUGGUCCCAAUAACGGGGGGUACGAUGAUGCAGAUGGGGCCUAUAUUCAUGUACCUCGUGACCAUCUAGCUUAUCGAUAUGAGGUGCUGAAAAUUAUCGGCAAGGGGAGUUUUGGGCAAGUCGCCCGGGUCUACGAUCACAAACUCCGACAGUAUGUGGCCCUAAAAAUGGUGCGCAAUGAAAAGCGCUUCCAUCGGCAGGCAGCUGAGGAGAUCCGGAUUUUGGAGCAUCUCAAAAAGCAGGACAAAACUGGGAGCAUGAACGUCAUCCACAUGCUGGAAAGUUUCACAUUCCGGAAUCAUGUCUGCAUGGCCUUCGAAUUGCUGAGCAUAGACCUUUAUGAGCUAAUUAAAAAAAACAAGUUUCAGGGGUUUAGCGUCCAGUUAGUUCGCAAGUUUGCUCAAUCCAUCUUGCAAUCCUUGGAUGCUCUCCACAAAAAUAAGAUCAUUCACUGUGACCUGAAGCCAGAAAACAUUCUCCUGAAACACCACGGGCGCAGUGCAACCAAGGUCAUUGACUUUGGGUCCAGCUGCUUCGAAUACCAGAAGCUUUACACCUAUAUCCAGUCUCGGUUCUACAGAGCUCCGGAGAUCAUCUUAGGAAGCCGCUACAGCACGCCUAUAGACAUAUGGAGUUUUGGCUGCAUCCUCGCAGAACUUUUAACAGGACAGCCUCUCUUCCCGGGAGAGGAUGAGGGGGACCAGCUGGCCUGUAUGAUGGAGCUGCUAGGGAUGCCACCACCAAAACUUCUGGAGCAGUCCAAACGUGCCAAGUACUUUAUUAACUCCAAGGGCCUACCUCGCUACUGUUCUGUGACUACUCAGGCAGACGGGAGAGUCGUGCUUGUGGGGGGUCGCUCACGUAGGGGUAAAAAGCGGGGUCCGCCAGGCAGCAAGGACUGGGUGACAGCACUGAAGGGGUGUGAUGACUGCUUGUUUAUAGAGUUUUUGAAAAGGUGUCUCCACUGGGACCCCUCUGCCCGUUUGACCCCGGCUCAAGCACUGAGACAUCCUUGGAUUAGUAAGUCUGUGCCCAGACCUCUGACCAUUGAAAAAGUGUCGGGUAAACGGGUGGUAAAUCCUGCAAAUGCUUUCCAGGGACUGGGUUCCAAGCUGCCUCCAGUUGUCGGAAUAGCCAAUAAGCUUAAAGCUAACUUGAUGUCAGAAUCCAACGGUGGUAUACCUCUGUGCAGUGUAUUGCCCAAACUCAUUAGCUAAUGGACAGUGCUGUGCUCAGAGAUGCGUAUGUAUGUAUUUUUAAUUGUCUUGCAAAGCUGAACGUGGCGGAAAAAAAAAAAAACAAAAAAAACACAACACGAGCCCGUUGGUGGAUAAGUUUUUGUUAGACUAGAUUUCUUUUUUUAACACGGCAAAACAUUUUUAUAUGUCUGUAACAGAACUCUUCAAGGGCUAAUGACCUAACCAGCCUGUGUUGGCCAUCCUGGAAUGUACAUUAAAUGACUUUUUAUAGGUCA